GCGUCGCCUGGCUGCUCUUGCGCUCCCUCGCCGGCGGGCGGGAUAAAUGCUGAAGACGGGGCGGCAGCCCUGCUGAGUAGCCGAGGCGAGCGGUGGGAGGAAGGAGCUUCGCGGGUCGUUGCUCGGAGGAGGCGCGUCUCAAGCGAGCUGAGGUUGCUUCUGGGCAGGAACCAUGAACUGGCAUUCCCCCCUUCUCUUUGCUGCUUUCACAUCGAUGUGUAUGUGCUUCCAACCGAACCCUCUGUCUCUUGAGGAACUGGGUUCAGACAUUGGGAUCCAAGUUUUCAACCAGUUGGUCAAAACCAGGCCUAAGGAUAACAUUGUGGUGUCUCCCCAUGGAAUUGCAUCGGUGCUAGGAAUUCUUCAGCUUGGUGCUGAUGGCAAGACAAAGAAACAGCUGACAACAGUGAUGAGAUACAGUGUCAACGGCGUUGGUAAAGUACUGAAGAAGACAAACAAGGCCAUAGUGUCCAGGAGAAAUAAAGAUAUUGUGACAAUUGCAAAUGCAGUCUUUGCAAAAAGUGGCCUAAAAAUGGAAGUGCCCUUUGUUUCACGGAACAAUGAGCUGUUUCAGUGCGGGGUCAAGAGUGUGGACUUCAUGGACCCAAGUGCUGCUUGUGACGAUAUAAACCAGUGGGUAAAAAAUAAAACUAAGGGUAUGAUCAGCGAUGUGUUAUCACCAGAUUCUAUUGAUAGUGCUUUGACCAGGCUAGUGCUGGUGAAUGCAAUAUACUUUAAGGGACUGUGGAAGUCACGUUUUCAGCCAGAAAAUACAAAAAAGCGCACAUUUAAUGGAGCUGAUGGAAAGACUUAUCAAGUACCUAUGUUGGCUCAGUUGUCCGUGUUCCGAUGUGGCACAACCAGCACACCCAAUGAUUUGUGGUACAAUAUCAUUGAAUUGCCAUACCAUGGCGGAAACAUCAGCAUGUUGAUUGCCCUGCCCAUGGAAAGUACAACUCCUUUGUCUGCUAUUAUUCCUCAUAUUAGCACCAAAACGAUACAGAGUUGGAUGGCAACCAUGGUACAGAAGCGAGUACAAGUUAUUUUACCCAAGUUUACAGCCGAAGCAGAAACAGAUUUGAAGAAGCCUCUCAGAGAGCUGGGCAUUCAAGAUAUGUUUGAACCGUCAAAAGCAAACUUUGCAAAAAUAACAAGAACAGAAAGUCUUCAUGUAUCUCAAAUUUUACAAAAAGCAAAAAUUGAAGUUAGUGAAGAUGGAACCAAAGCUUCUGCAGCAACAACCGCAAUUUUAAUAGCCAGGUCAUCACCGCCUUGGUUUGUAGCGGACAAGCCCUUCCUGUUCUUCAUACGAUACAACCCCACAGGUGCAAUUUUGUUUAUGGGACAAAUCAACAAACCUUGAACAAGAGAAGAAUUUUUUUUGCAGAAGCAAAUUAAAGAUUGAUGCUCUUCUGUUAAAUAUUUUUGUACAUUAUUCUUGGGCUAAGAACUAGUUUUUGAGUGUGAUUGGUCAACUAAGUUUUGAAGAAGAAACCUGAAGCCGCUGACUUUUUGAGUGUGCAGGGGAUGGCAACAACUUUCUCAAAACUGUUUAAAGAUUGUUAAAACUACUGAUUGGUUCCCUGUGCUAAUAACUUUUGAAAAUCUGUUUUGGUCUAUGUAUUUUGUAUUGUGAUUUGAAAAGUCUUUAACCAGAGUUGGAACUAAAGGGACACUCUCUGUUUUAUUUUACUUUUUUUUUUUACUUUCGGUGGGUACCGUGCCCUUUAAUACUGCUGUUGUCCACGGAAUGGUCUGGUGGGGCAUCUUUGUUAGAAAUUAAAUUUAAAAGCUUUAGCAGUUUUUAUUUUACGUUGUGCAUGUAUUGCUGAGACUUAAACCAACUAAUGUCCCAGCUAACGCCUUUGCAUUGUUGUAAUGUAAACUUGUCAUUGCUAGUAUACACUUUCUAUGGAUUUAAAUUUUAUAUUUUUUUGUACAAAGGAAAAGAAAUAAAGCAGUAUGAACAGUUGGAGAUGA